CAAAAUAAAAAAACAUCUUCCCCUCCAAAGAAAGACCUAACUGCAAAUAACUACCUUUCUAUACCUAUUUCCCCGCAUAUGGAAUCCAUUGCAUCCAGUUCAUCCCCUCCUCACGACCAGCAGCACCACCGUUUGGAGCCGACGCAACCGCUCGCCGAGCGCAUUAUCCGAGCCCUUCGCCACCGCCUCCGCCUCCUCCACAGGUUUGAUUCCUCCUUCUUUGUGUUAGGCGCCACAGGAAAUGUUUACACUGUCAACUUAUCUGACACCCCAUCAUGCACCUGCCCUGAUCGCACCGUCCCUUGCAAGCACAUUCUCUUCGUGUUUAUACGCGUUCUAGGCGUCCCCCUCGAUGAUUCCUGUCUCUGGAGGAGGAGUCUGAGGCCGUGCCAGCUCAACCGCCUUCUCACUUCGCCUACGUUGACGGAUGCCUUAGCCGGGGCUACCGUUCGAGAGAUGUUCCACCAGCUGUUUUUUCAGGCUGGGCCGAGUACUUCAGGCGGCCCUCGUGUUGACAUGGAAGACGGCACGGCUUGUCCGAUAUGUCUUGAGGAACUGGGGAAAGGAGAGAAAAUCGUAGCUUGUGGGACCUGCAGAAAUCCAAUUCAUGAAGAAUGUUUAAUGGCGUGGAAGAAAAGCAGCAGAAGAAGAUCAACCAGCUGUGUACUUUGUCGCGCUAGGUGGAGAAAUACGGCUGAUCAAGACAAGUACUUGAACUUAUCAGCAUAUAUUAGUGAGGAUGACAUGGUUGAAGAUGAAGGCCAUUGCAGCUAGCAACUCUUCAGGCCUUCAAGAAUCCUCGGUGGGGAUGUUAGAUAGAGCUGAAGGAGUGGAAAUUAGGGAAAGAAGACUAUAACUGUAUAUACAUGCUAAACAAAACAAAACAAAACAAAACAAAUUUGGAAAAGAAAAGAAAGAAAAAGUUGAUUGUUUAAGAGUCAAUUUUGUUGGAAACGGAAUUAAUAUUCCAACUCUCGUGCUCUUCGAAUUAUGGUUUUCUCGCAAGCAUAAAAUUAAAGGUUUUAGGGCCUUGUAUGUGUAUG